GUUAUAUCUUAUGUUGCUAACAUAAAACGAUAGACCGGAAAGGUCAAAUGGACCAAAUAUCCAAAAUGAGCAACGAUAUUAUGAUAUUAUGACAUUACAUUGCCCACGAGGCAAAUUGUAUAAAACUUAUGUAUUACUCAAUACGAAAGAGUCCCAGCCAUAUCCCAAGCACUCAAAACAUGGCUUUCAUCGUAUCCUAGGCUGAUCUUUUCUUUCUGAAAGGGUACAGUAGAUGCUAAUAUCGCCGUACAACUAACCAAGAAAAUAUUGAGUUAGAAACGGUAGGUAUAGUUCUCAAGUGAUUUUUUCUCUACAGGUUGUCUCGUCAAAUCCGUUUCUUUGCGUUUUUGCAUAUUUCGGUAUCAAAAAAUUAGCUCACGUGACCACGUGGCGCUGGUUGACUUUUUCCUCAAAACCGGUUUCUAAUAAGGUACAAACGAAGCCACUGAACACACUGACAAACAACCCUGAUAUAAGGGCGUCCAAGUCCGCAAAAUUUACAAGAUUAAUUGGCCAAAUUCCUAAGUCUAUUAAGCCAGUUAUUUUUCUCUGAUGGUAUGAUAAAAUGGCACCUUCGAUAUCCAAUACGUCAGCGGAACCAACGCUGUAUGACAUCCUCGCUUUGACUCCAAAACAUCUAGAGGGGCAAGCGGGCGUAGCCCAGCAGCAGAUAAUAGUAAAGCAAGCUUAUCACCGAGCUUUACUGAAAUAUCAUCCGGAUAAAUUAACCAGCGCCAAAGAUGGAUCUUCAUCACCACAAUCAAAACCUUCAGCAUCAAAAUCAACUGCGAAACAAAAAUCAGGAUCCCAGCCGCGCAUCCAGUAUACAGUAGAUCAGAUUCAACACGCCUACACAGUACUCUCGGACCGGAAGCAGCGGUCUGAAUACGACCGGGUGCUGCGAACAUCGCCUUCGCAACGACAAACCCAAUCUUCCUCUUCGACGUUUAGAACCGGCGUUGAGACCGUAGAUCUAGAUGACGUCUCCUUCGACGAGCGCACAGGUGUAUAUUACCGUAGCUGCCGAUGCGGCAAUGCGCGGGGAUACUCUUUCACCGAAGGGAACCUAGAGGAAUUCGAAGAGGACGGCGUUUUAAUGGUUGAGUGCCUCGAUUGUAGUCUCUGGGUCCGGGUUCUCUUCGCUGCAGCGGAGGAAGAGGAUGAUGGUGCCGCUACCGCUGCUCAACCCGUCAGUAGUAAUAGGGGAGCCCCCGAUGAAACGGUGAUGGCGACAAGGAGAGAUGAAGAAGGUGCCGUCACAGCAGAAGGGGAAAGACGGGGAAGGGGCACGGGAAGGGGCUUCACAUUUAACUGGAGCUUCAACUGGGGCAUCUCAUUAUCGGGGUCUGCGACGGCGGGUACUAAGAGGUAACUACCUAGUAUGGAAAAUCCGCGGGCCUCAGU